UUAAUUACCUAGUUUUAUAUGUAUAUAGAUAGAUGGAAGACAAUGAUAUUACAAGGGGCAAUGGAAGAGGUGCUGGUAUAAGCAUCAACAAAGUUAAGGGAAAUAAGGGAGGUAAGCAUAAAACUACUUUGUCACAUUCUUCUAGAUUACAAGCACCUAGGCCUGCAGACACCCAACAAUCCCUAUCUACAAAGCAACCUACACAUCAUCCCAUAUCUCAAACACAUACUAACUUCCCACCUUUCCUCUCUACUUCAAGUCCACAAAUGUCUACUAUCCAUGCUCCCACUUCUCAAAUACCUACAAAUACCCAACAACCCCACUCUACAAUGAAACCUACACAUCAUCUUACAUCUAAAACACCUUCAAAUAUCCAACAAUCCCUAUCUACAAAGCAGCCUACACAUCAUCCCAUAUCUCAAACACAUACAAACUUCCCACCUUUCCUCUCUACUUCAAGUCCACAAAUGUCUACUGUCCAUGCUCCCACUUCUCAAAUACCUACAAAUACCCAACAACCCCACUCUACAAGGAAACCUACACAUCAUCUUACAUCUAACACACCUUCAAAUAUCCAACUUCCACAACCUACAAGGCAACUGAAACAUCAUCCCAUAUCUCAAACAUUUACAAAUUUCCCACCUUUCCUCUCUACUCCAAGUCCACAAAUGUCUACAAUUCAUGCUCCCACCUCUCAAAUACCUACAUAUAUCCAAUCUCCCCACUCUACUCCUAGUCCACCACAUCUUUCUAAUACACAUAGACCAUAUGAUGUUGUAUCUGGUGGUGAUCCACAUGCAUCAUCAUCAUUAUGUGAUGAUUCGUAUCCGAUAGCUGGGAGUACAGAUCCUACUGAUAGGCGUAUAUGGAUCCGUCCGGGACCACAGUUAAUGUAA